CUUACUUGACAUUCAUUUUAAUCUCUCACUAACUUCAAUUUUUUGUUUUUUGUUUUUUGUUUGUUUUCCUCAUGGAGAAACAGAGGCACAACUCCGGGAAGUACCACCGCGAGCAAUCGUCCUCGCGCCGAAGCUUGAAGAGAAAACUCAACGAGGAGCGCUGCGAAGAUCGUGGAUGUGCUUUCACUCUAGGUCAUAUGAGAAUGAAGUGGAGAAAGGAAGUGCUUUCACUCUGGGGCUCCUAGCCAUUAAAUUGACAGCCAUUAAUAACAGCUCCUGCUGUUCAGAGAGUCAAAGAGAAACUGCUCUCCUUCUUGGGCAACUUGCCGCAACAGAUUCAGACUGUAAGGUCCACAUUGUUCAGAGAGGUGCUGUCCCUCCACUCAUAGAAAUGCUCCAGUCCCCAGAUGCUCAAUUGAUGGAAAUGUCAGCAUUUGCCCUAGGGAGGUUAGCUCAGGAUCCUCAUAAUCAAGCUGGUAUUGCCCACAGUGGUGGAAUAACACCAUUACUGAAGCUUCUUGAGUCAAAAAAUGGCUCUUUGCAACAUAAUGCUGCUUUUGCUCUCUAUGGCCUUGCAGAUAAUGAGGAUAAUGUUGCAGAUCUUAUUAGGGUGGGGGGUGUUCAGAAACUUCAAGAUGGUGAAUUUAUUUUCCAACCUACUAGAGAUUGUGUAGCCAAGACACUGAAAAGAGUCGAAGAGAAGAUUAAUGGCCGGGUAUUAAGUCAUUUAUCAUACUUGAUGCGUAUGGGAGAAAGAAAUGUUCAGAGACGUGUGGCUCUUGCUCUUGCCCAUCUUUGUUCUCCAGAUGACCACCAAACCAUUUUCGUUGAUAACAAUGGACUUGCAUUGCUUCUUCAAAUACUGGAAUCAACUGACGCAAAGCAUCAAAGAGAUAGUUCCAUGGCAUUAUGCAGGUUGGCUAAUAAAGCAAGCUCACUUUCUUCAAUCGAUGCAGCUCCUCCUUCCCCAAUACCUCAGGAGAGGGAUGCCAAAGACAGAGAGAUCCCUAAUAUCAGAUGGGAUGUCUUUGAGCUGAUGAUGAGAUACAUAUACACUGGAUCUGUAGACGUCAACUUGGAAAUAGCACAGGAUCUUCUAAGAGCUGCUGAUCAGUAUUUAUUGGAGGGUCUGAAGCGUCUGUGCGAAUACGCCAUUGCACAGGAUAUUUCAGUUGAAAAUGUAUCCCUCAUGUUUGAGUUAUCGGAGGCGUUCAGCGCCUCAAAUUUAAGAGAUGCUUGCAUCCUUUACAUUCUGGAUAAGUACAGCAAAUUGUGUGUGAUGCCCUGGUACUCGCAGAUGGUCCAUCGUAUUCUACCAGAGACAAGAAGUUAAUUUGUGAGAGUGCUGACCACAGACCUAACCAUGCUGAAUUAAGAGGAUGAGAGCAAUUUUGGAGACUAAUCAUUGACCUAUUAACGACGGUGAGAAUGUACAGAAAAAAUUGAUUAGUUACACUCAUUUUGAGUAGCUGUGGAGUCUCCAUUUGUUGUGUUGGUGUGAAAGCACCCUUAAUGGAAAUGUCAUAUAAUUAUGGUUUA